AUGUCAACAAAAAGUAAUUUGCGUGUUUGUGUGCCCAAAUGGCAAUGGCAGCAGCGGGUGUCAAUCGCCAAACUCUCACUCUCACUGACAGCGCUGCUGCUGCUGCUGCUACAACGACUGCCUAUGGGCGACAGCAGCUACCAGUAUUCCUGGUGUGAUUCGAGUUUAUGCGAGAAAGGUGUGCGACAUUUGGCCUGCCGCAAUAAUGGCACCUUCGCCAAGCGCUGCGCCGCCGACGCCAUUGAGCUAGACAUCUCCGACUAUAAGGAUCAGUUUGUGCACGAACACAAUAAGCGUAGAAAUUUCUUAGCGCUCGGCCUUUUGCCUGGCUACUUUCCCGCUUCUCGCAUGGCUACUAUG